AUGGUUGCAUUGCGUGUGUUUGCUCUUCUUUUGCUGAUCACCGAGGCGCUGGUCACCAAGGAACGCGAUUUCUUGAUGAAGAAAGACUACAAGACGACCUUCAUAUCACUGGGCUGGUCGGAAAAUGCCACCAUUUUUGACAUCAGCAAACUGAAACUGAAGGGCCGUGAACACACGUUGAAUGGAACCUUUGAUCUGUCAGAGGAUUUGGACAAUGAGCACUACACCUUUGUCGGCGACAUGUGGAAUGAUGUUAAUGGUGACGGGAACUACAAGUUGUGCCCAUUUGAAAUACGAAAGGAUACCGUCUGCAAGACUUACAAGUCCUAUCGGCGCUACUUGAAAGAAAUGGGAGAGAGGCCAGGCACCUUGGCCCCUGGCUCCGGAAUGGCAGAACAACAGGACCCGGAACAGCCGGCGGCAAUGAGCUGA